AUGCCCUAUGGAAGACCUGUAUCGCGUAAACGUAGGCGAAGAUUUCAAAAUGGAGAAUCAAGAGGGACCCCGUGGGCUGCAAUUGCGGCUCGAAAAGCGGCCGCGGCAGCAGCGGCGGCUGAAACAGGAAGUAAUCCCGACUCAGAUGGCGCUGUGGGUUCGAACACUUCACCAGAAACCAGGAAGGGAACGACCUCAGGCUCCGUUGUUAUAGGCCCUUCGCUUGAUCUUCUUCGUCCUGGGUGCUCGACUGGAGUUUGGCCGUUGAGAGAAAGACUCCUGUUGGCUUCGUCUCUCCUGGAUACGGAUAAUAGACAGCUGACUUGGCCACCUAUUUCGAGGCGCCUUUUUAAAUUUACUCCCCCACCUCCUAGUUGCGGCGGCCAUACUAGGCCUUCCACCUGGUGUUCGGCGAAGGCUUGUGCCAAACAAUACUCCUUGUUAUUGGAAUCUGCGGAGAUGUUCAAAAAACAACAGGUUGAUGUUGAGAAGAGCGCUGAGGAAGGACGCAUAGUAUAUCAGGCACCUGGUGACGUGGCUGCACUCACAGCCACUGUUGGCCUAAGUCUUCCCGAAUUCAUCGUCAAGCGUCUCACUGUGGAACGGAUUGAGGAGCUUCGGGCCAAUGUUCUUGAGGCAAGGGAAAAGCAUAGUCUCCUCAAGUCCAUGUUGGAACGCGUAAAAAGCGGAGAACUCGACCACCACAUGGAUGAUAUUUGGGCUCAAAUCCAGCGUCAGGAGGCCGCGAAAUGCCAACCCUCGGAACAUCAACAGCCUUCUAAACCCACUCCCACCACUCCUACUGAAACAGGUGAUAUCAAACCUGAGAUCCUUUCCCCAAAUUCUUCAGUUGAACAAUCCGAAAAUCAACUAUCGCCCACCUCUGAAGAGGUUAUCCAGUUCGUGAAUGAUUUAAAUAGUUGGCAAGAUCCCUAUGAUGUGCCCCCCUCAGUUUGGACUGUUUCUGGUGGUUUGGGAGCUAAUCUACGAAGCGUACAGUCCGUUUCUAAAAUGCCAACAGCGCCUCGAAGACCCGGAGCAGUGGGUAGACCUAGAAAGAGGCCUCUUCAUCCCGUCAGAGCAGAUUUAUCAAAUAGGCUGUCAAUGAAAUCUCCUGAACAGCUUCAAUCACCAGUCGUCACAGCUUCGGAAGAAAGAACAGAACCACAAAUUGAAGAGAAUACCGUAGCAGGUUAUACUCCCAAGCGAUGUCUAGCAGCUAGCGAAGGAGAAAUUGGCGAGGACGAAUCGACUUCUGAAGCCGCUGAAGAGGGCAAUGAAUCGGACGUUUCAUCCGCUUCCUUAACCGAAUGCAUGGCCAGUUCAGAUGCAGAAACUUGGCCAGUCAUGCCUGAAUCGCACCUAAGACAAGAACGCCGACGUCAGCAAGAGGUUGUAAAGUUAAUCAAGCACUCAGACGACGCCGUCGUGCCUCGGCUUACUAGUCCUAAGAGGAAAUCCACCCCUACGAGUCCCGUCCGAGCCCCAGGAAAAGGUCCCAACAUGUUGGAUCAAGGCGUCACACAGCAACGAGAACAACAAAAAGAUGUAACAAUGGAAAUGAGUGACGAUGAUGUUCCGUUGAUUCAAUUAAAUACAGCGGCUAACGGAGGUACUCGUCCUUCGAAUUCACCUAAAACAUUGAAAGAAUCAAAACAUCGGGAAGAAAUAGUCAUGAAUAUGAGAGAAGAUGAUGAAGAUGACGUUCCUUUGGCCCGAUUAAGUGAGGAAAUCAAGGGGAGAGCUCAUUCUACAAGACUUUCAAUGGUUCCCAAUCGGGAAACCAGGGCAGUAGUCAUGCCGUUGAGAAAUUGUGUCGAAGAUGCUGCUCCUUUGGGUCGAUUGACCAAAGAAGUUAAGGAAAGAGCCCAUUCUGCAAAGUUGACUAGUAGAUUGUAAACGACCGACGAUGCAGAAAAAUGGCCUAAUAUAAUUGAAGAAUGCGUUGUAGAUGGACAUAAACAUCCAUUGGAAGUGGAGAUGAUUGAAAAAUGUGUUGCUUCUAGAUCGCCUCCCUCUCGCGACUCUGCAACUGAAGGCAUGCUUAUCACUAACAAAGAAGAAUGGCCUAUCAUGCCCGAGUCUUUCAUCUCA